CCCCGGCCCCCGGCCCCCAGCCCCGCGUUUUCCAUCUAGCCCAAGUGGUGGAGUGAAUGUUGCUUCUUAUCACGGAUAUCAUAUUUAUCCUCGUCCGGUUUUUCUUCGGAGACACCGUAGCUUUACUUCGAGAAAGCUAAACGUUUCCGUAGAGACGUUCUUAUGUUUCUUCCAUCAAUUUGAUCAAGAUUAUGUCUCUCGAGCUCGAUGUAUAGGUUUAUUCCUCCUUUUUCCCUUCCGGCAUCAUAUGAUCAGCUAAUUAAUUUAGUCGUUUACGUGCUAAUCAGUUGACUGUUUUGCGUGUUGUAUAUCCCAUUGUUGACAUUGUUUGACGACAGUUGCCAGUAUUUCUAAAAUACUCUGUGCGUCUGUAGUUACUGGUGCAACUCGUACGUAUGUGAAAAUGUUAGACAUUCAGAACAGUCCAGCUUUCCACGAAUAGGAAGAGAAGCUAUGAUUGGCUAACCGCCAGCGAACGGAAGUGACCGGUCCAUUGAGCAGACGUUCGCGGGGCCGGGGAAGGAACGCGUGACGAGCCUCUUGAGGAGCGUAUUCAGUUGUUGUUGGUAAUUCGACCAGUCUCACUUUUAUAUAGGGUGAAUGACACGCAGCCCAUUGAGAUUCGCAAGGAGAACUGAAGAAAGCCGGGACAUUCAAGUGCUGGGUGAAUGAUACGCUGCCUAUUGUGAGGCAACCCGCCUAGAAAACUCAGUGGAAAAAAACUAAGACAUUCAAGUGCAGGUAGACAGCUCCGUCAUUGAAGAUGGCAUCUGAUAAAAUAAGGAGCGUGAUGGCUGAUUUACCACAGAACGAUCCAGCAAAGUGUGAAGGACUGAUUCGAGACCUGCAUUACAAGAUAGCUGCAAUGUCUGAUACAGCAGAAAAAGAAAAGCUCUUAAAUGAGCUCAAGACCGUUGCCUGCUUUGGAUUAGACGAAGAGCUGAGGAAAUUGCUCGAGAGGAGAGGGUUGGUAAUGGGGGCUCUCACCCUUGUGGUAAAAUACCUGACUAAUUUACCCGAACUUGCUCAAUAUCUUUGCGGAGAAGAUUCCAAACGGAACUUAGAGGACGUCGCAUUGGAGAAUCUUAAAAGAAGACUAGCACCAGAACUUGAACUACUUGGAAGGCUCACUGAAGCAAAUAUUGAUGUGACAAAGGACUGGGUUAAAAGGCUUUGCAAGAGAGCGCCGUCCCUGAAGGUGCUUCCGAGACUGAGCUUGGGGGAACUGGAAAGCUGCUGCCAAGGAGCCAAUGAAGGAGAAAUGAAAGAGGUUUACCGACUGGUUACAGUUUCUGAGUCACCCAAGGAGCAGCUGUUCGCUGUUCCACAAGAUGAAACACUUGUGAAGAAAAACCAGGAAUCUAAGGCUGUCGACGGGCCAAAACUAGAGAGAGCCAGAGAGUUGAUGACUGCAGCUAAAGCAAUGGCCACAGAACAAUCAGAGUCGUCAAAAAGAAAUGUGAAUUACAAACUAACUGAGAUUUUAAAAAUUCUAGAGCUACCGAGGGAAUGGUUCCAGCCAGAGACAGUGAGACCAGAGGAAACUUUUCAUCAACUAGAGCAGAUAAUUAAUCAUUACAGUAUAGUCAUGGAAUUAGGUGACAUGUACCUGAGCAAUGUAGAAAUAAUUGCAAAGGCCAGCGGCGGGCGAGCACUUUGUGGGGUCUACUAUUCCGAGUAUGAGCCACUUAAAACAGCAGGAAGGCCCCUCCUCUUGGUACCUGAGAAAGUAAUUUUGACCAAUCCAAGUGCUACUCAAGAGAUCAAGGUCAUGAAAUUCUCUGCCAAAGGGGUAGCUGCUGAUUACGUUCGCAACGUAGAAUCAUCAAGCUCCAGUGUUGGUGGCAGUGUGGCAGGGUUCCAUGGUUUAUUGGUCGGAGACGUGAAAGGAGGUUAUGGCUCUGAACAACAAAAACAAGCCGUCAACUAUGCUAAGGCUUCAACCACAAGUGCAUCAGUCCUACAGUACAUUAGAACUGCGAAGAAAACAUUUCAACUUGAUCGACAAGAGAUGAAGCUCUCUUUGUCUGCUAGAAGAAUGGCCCUGUCUAUUGCCCAAGGUAGAAAUGGAAGUGUAAGCAUCCCAGGAGGCAGUGGAUUUUCUUUCUGUGGCCUUCUGUGCAAUUCAAGCUUGUCGUCAAGGGACAAGGCAGCGGCACGCAAUUUCAUGAAACGUUAUGGGAGUCACUUUCCGUCAGGACUUCAAAGUCUGGGUGGGGUCUUCUUCAGCAUUGCCGAUGCCCAAAAUAAAAGCGAAAUAGAAGUGUCCACCUUAACCGAGGCUGCGGCAAAACAUCUGCAGCACCAGAUUUCCAUUGGCUUUCUUGGUGGAGCAUUUGGGGCUGGAGUGAGUGUCAGUGGCAGGAGUACUAGUGGUGCAGGACGAAACACUACUUCCCACAAAGAAGAUGCGGCGAUUAGCUUUACCUGUGAGGUUAAAUCCGUUGGACCCCCGGCAGCAAACCCUGUAACAUUUAAUAAGCUGUUGUCCUAUAAUUCCACUUGGGCAUUGAUUGACCGGGGAGAAGUGGAAGGUUACAUUCCUGUCUGGGAGUUAAUCAGGAAUAGUGGCAGCGAGUUUGAGAAAGCAGCGGAAGUCUUGGAAGCAACAUGGUAUUGGGACGAAAAGAAAAGGAAAGAUCAAUGGGAAAAGCAGAUCGCCAAAGAGAAAACUCAGAGAGAAUUAGGCAAGGCACAAGAGGAAAGAGGAGAAGAACUGGAAAGGGCCAAGGAGGAGUUACUGCACAUUAAGAAAGAACACCUUCGAAAAAGGGAUGAAUUUCUUAGAGUAUCGAGGUAUGAACGGGAAGACAUAAGGUCAUUUUGGCCAGCAAAUGGAAAGGACAUCUUCACUGGGCCUCGGAUGAAAAGAGCAGAGGCCUAUGACAGAGGCAUCCUUCACAUCAUGGAGGAUCCAGAACACAAUAUUUGUGGAAUUAUUGGGGAUGUGCAUAAGGAGGGUCUCUGCACUUUGAAAUGUUUGAAAUUCAAAGCUAAGCCCAAUUUCAAGCGUGUAGAUUAUGAGUGGCCAUCUUGGAAAUAUGGCGAUCGCGUGGCUCUCUUCUUCAGUGAAAUGUUCUUCAAGUGGAAGGAUCUUGUUCCAGAGCGAGAAUAAUUGCAUAUGUCAAACAUUUUUUUCGAAAACGUCUGGAAGCAAACGUAUCAGACCAUGCCAAGCAAACUAACCUGAGGGAAAGCAAAUAGUGCUUCUUGAGAGUUACUGAGAAUUCUCUUGUAUCAUUAAUCCAUAAAGCAUCAAAACUACAUGUGACACUCAAAACUACUGGUUUAAGCAGCCAAAAGGGUAUCAGCAAGGGAGGUUAGACAGCAACCCUAAAACACAGAAACUGGAAACUGAAAUCCAGAACCGGAAAUCCAGAAUCCGGAAACUGGAAUCCGGAAUCCACAAAUCAAAGAAAAUAAGUUCUUCACAUAUGCGAAAAUUAUUUUGCAUAGCUUUUGCCUGUAAGAAUUGAGAGGCCAAGUAAAAAGGACCUCAAACUUGACCUUUUUUGAAACAAGGAUUCCCAGUCUGCCGUACAACCAUAAUUUCUAGCAAAGGCUAUGAUUUUGAGAAUCUAAAUAAUGUGCAAAAUAACAACAAAAUAUUUUUCCCUAUAUCUGUUUAUUAGACAUUGCUGGAGUGAAUUAUUUCUAUUGUCAUUCUGGAUUCCGGAUUCUGGUUUUCGGUUCCUGAUUCCGGUUUCCAGAUUCCAUGUUUUAGGGUUGCCCGAGGCUAGAUCAAAAUGAAUGUACCCAUGGGCACCCUAUCAUAACUAUCCCAUAUGCCUCAGAAAACAAAUAUUUUUUUCUCGAGGCUUUUUAGGAUGUUUAAGUGGAUUUUGACCUGAAUUAUAGCAGCGUAAUAUUCUGAGAAAAGCAAAAUGAACUAAAAUGCCACAGGAAGGCAUGUUUUGGCAUUAGAGAGGUUCAAUGGCUUUCAGAAUCUUAUCGAGAUAUCAUUGUACAACAAAUUUUCUAGUCUUUUAUGAAAGUGAUUUGGCGGAACUUCCACAAUGAUACUUUGCAUUUUGAUUUGUCGAGUGCCCCUGGCUACAGAACUUGGCAUAUUUUAGUCUAGAUUAUAAUAGCUUUGUAAAGGAAUUUCCUUUGCCAAUUCAAUGUAUUCACUUGUUUCAGGCCUACUCUGAUCUGGGACCUUAAGUCGCCAUAACUUAAGGUGACUUUGGGCGAUUUAAGGCCUUAAGCAAAAUUGGCCAAAAAGACAUUGUGACUUUAUGCGACUUAAGGCAAUUUUAGGCGACUUGAGGACAUUUCACUAGAGUGAUAUAAAUUUAAAUUUAGCAACAGUCUCUCCAUAUAUCUCUUGCAAUAAACCUAUAUUGUAUCAAUAGUGGUACAUAAUUAAGUUACCACAGUCUCAAAUAUCGUGGGCUGGGUUGUUCAAAACCUUAUUAAACUAACCCAGGAUUAGAGAGAAUUUUGAUUUCAGUUUUGUAACUUUUCGGUCCAGUUUUCUGUUUAUGUUGUUUGUCUUUCAGUUUUGAUCAAGUUUGAUUCAUCUUAACCUACACAACCAUAAGCAGUGAAAGAUAUUUCUAUCCAAACAGUAUAUAUAUUACUUUUUGUAACUUUUAACUUUUAAACAUUUACUGGUUUUCAAACAACCCAGGUCAGAGGCCCGUUUCUCAAAAGCCACAGAAACUUUUCAGGCCCAUAAAGCCAUUAUUAGUUCAUCUGUAUCUAGAAAUAGAGAAGUGUAUAUGCCUAAAACUUCUUGUAUGAAGGGAACCUCUCUUCACAUAAAAGAAUAUGUGAAUAAAACAGCUCUGUAAUUGUAAGGUUCAAGACUUUGCUUAAUGGCUUUACGGACCUGAAAAGUUUCCAGGGCUUUCGAGAAAUGGGCCCCAGAUUUCAAACCAUUUUUAAAAAAAUUCUAUUAAAGAAAUAAUUACCACAACACCGAACAGUUAGUAUUAUAAGAAUAAUAAUAACAAUAAAUACCAGCAAGGUAGCAUGAAUAUUAGUGAAGAUAUCACAA